AAUAUCUGAAAGUAGCAGUGAAAUGGCUGGUUGGGCAGGCUUUUCUGAUGAAGAGCUCCGGAGGCUGCAGCAGAAAGAACAGACUACGGCCGGUGUUGUAGGUCGUGGUCGAAAAACGGCUCCCACCAACCGCAGUCGUCAACAGCUGCAGCGGGAAAGGGUAUUGCAGCUGGCCUCUCAAAAACAGCAGGAUGGUGCCGUCCCCAUAUUACCCGAACAGCAGCUCGCCAAGCCCAAAGCCCAGGCCCCCAGAACAACGCAAGAGCCUCCUGGAAGUACCAGCAGUCAUCAGCAAGAACCGGUAGCUGUCAGCCAGCCCGUGGUAGCGACUACAGAAACAUCCCCAGUACCGAUGGCAAAGGAACUGGAAACACAAGAGGUGGAAUUGAGAGAGAAGACUCGCUUGGAACAGCUUCAGCAAGAGCAGCGAAUAAUAGAAGAGAAGAAUAAACGUAAAAAAGCUCUCCUUGCAAAGACCAUUGCUGAAAAGUCAAAGCAAACCCAGGCAGAGGCUGUGAAACUGAAGAGGAUCCAGAAGGAGCUACAGGCACUGGAUGACAUGGUGUCUAAUGACAUUGGGAUCCUGAGGGGGAGGAUAGAGCAGGCCAGCUGGGAUUACUCUACAGCAAGGUAAGUACAGGUUGUGCACUUGAAGGGUUGAUUUGGUUUCAUCUGUGAUUUUCUUUAGGUAAUGUAGAAUUCAUUUUAAGGGAGCACACCCAAUGAAAUUCUGCUGCUAG